AUGGCUCAAGUCACACCCAAUCCCCAUGAGGAUGACGUUGAUUCCACCCACAGUUCGAAUUCUGCUGACAGUGACGACGAUGUCAAUCCCCCCUCGGUUGAAGGACUAACGGUCUUGGAUGAUUCCACCGAAUCUCCGCCGCAAGAGCAAGACACAGGAACCGAGAGAGAAGGCACCAACAAUAAUGAAUCUCAAGUUAUACAUGAGGUGGCGAGAAGUCCUAAUCAUGCUUUGGAUGAGAUAAAGAAGCAACAGACUCAUAAUCUCUACUGUCCUAAAUGUAAAAGUAACAUCACCACAGAUGCUGUACUCUUUGUAAAGAAUCAAGAAACCGAUUCGUACAAAACAGAGCCUUACGUACUUUGGGUUCCCCUCGUUAUCCCGGCCAUCAAGUUCCCUACCUUUGAUCUCUCGUUGUCUUUUCUCGCAGGACCAUGGAAGAAACUAAAGACACUUGUCGCAAACUGUUUGCCAAGUCUCAAUUCUCCACGUUUGCGGUUCCUAUUGGUUGCGGUUCUACUAUUGCUAUCAGUCAUUGUUCUGUGGUCCUCUCAUCCCCCUUCGCCACCGCCACUGCCACCGCCUCCUUCUCCUUCGCCAGUGCCGGUGCCGCCACCGCCAGGACCACCUUCUCCUUCGCCAUCGCCAGAGCCUCCUUCUCCUUCGCCAGUGCCGGUGCCGCCACCGCCAGGACCACCUUCUCCUUCGCCAUCGCCAGAGCCUCCUUCUCCUUCCCCUAUCAUACAUUUUCUGAGUAUGAAGUACCUUUCCGUAUUCUCGUUAUUGUUCCUUGCCAUUCUGACUCUCCCCUGGCCUUCCAUUUCCCCUAUCAUCAAUAACCUUAUAGCAGCAAUUAAAACAUGUAGGGGAAUUGUAAUCCCUUUUCUUUCCUUUUCCUUUUGCCAUAGCUUUACCAAAGAAUUCAACCCGCAUCCGUAUUUCAGUGCCAAAUCCAAAGGAAUUGUGGAAAUAUAUCGUGGUUCAAGUUCAAAACCUCGUACCAAGAGAGCUAGACAUCUUGAAGAGUAUUGUUUACGGAGGUCUUAUCGAGUCCAUCACAAGCCUCGGUGUCGUAUCCUCUGCUAUCGCUUCCGGAGCUUCAACUCCGACAAGGGACACUACAAAGCUGCGGUUGUUCUCGCUGUAUCUUUGGUCUGCGUGAUCUUACUCUCCUUUGCCAAAGCUUACGCCUUCCGAAUGGGAAGAGUCAAGACCGUGGCUGAAUACACCGGAAUGGCGAUUGGAGCGUCUGCUCUUUCUUUCAUCGCCAGCCAAAUCGCUAGUGAUAUCUUUGAAAAGUUAGGCUUUCAUGAGCUUGCCUCUGAAUACCGAAAAGGUUGAUUUCAAGAUUCUACAAGUUUGUUUCAGAUAAACACCAAA